AUGUCCACUCUAUUAUUAGCUAAUUGGUCACUGCGUGAGUGGAUGGGGAUAAGUAAUAUAGGCCCCCUGAAAUGCUCCAAUAUGAAUAGAUACUCUAUGCUCAAGCGAAAGCUGCUAAAUAUAAAGUAUUGGAUAGCUGGGUACUCCAAGACAGAGCAGUGCAUUAGACGUACCUUGAGCAACUACGAAACAGAUGCGUUAAAAGAGGUUGGCCUUCUCAUUUCUGCUGCAUUUAUGUGCCCAAAGCUACUGAGCAGAGCUCUAGAGAUUGCGCUUGCCCGGCUAGAUGCAUAUGAUAGCAUUUUGUUUCCUAAGCAUAUCCAGUACUAUAAGUCUCUUCUUUUUAUACAAAAAGUAUGCAUGGUAAGCACAUCUGCAGAGGAAGAGGUGAAAAAGCACUACAUCAAAAUACUAGCCUUUGCAUUCUAUGACAAGGAGUGCGACAAUCUUGAUACGAGCAUUCGGAUCUCGUCCACCUCCAUUCUCAAGCAAAUAAACAAAAGCGACAUGCCAAGCUUGCAGAGCCACACAACCUUUAUGACAUGCCUGUCACAUAGAGACAUGAACAGCAUGGAAUCACAGGGCUAG